AUGAAGCAAACAUCCCUGUGCAUGAAGCUUUUCAAUAUGACGACAAUAGACAGACUGACUCCGGAGUUGUUACUCAUGAUAACAGAGCUUCUUUCCCCUGUUGAUUGCUUUUCCUUUGUGAUCUGCUGCCAUCGACUCUAUGUCCUCUCUUUUGACAUAGUUAAACUGUGGCGACCCCUCAAAUCCGAUGCGAAGUUCUGUUUCAUCACACGGCUGGAACGAGAUGUUCCGACGUAUUUCGCGUGCAAGUUUUGCAACGUAUUGCAUCGUUACGAUGAAUCCCUGGGCUUUGGGAUAUGUGGAAUCUUCCCGGAAAGGGGUCGACUUCCAUGCGUCGCUUGGAACGGAGAAUAUAGCGGUUGGUUUUCGCCGAAGGGAAGACUUUUCACUCAUCUACGGGUCAACAGCUCUAUGCAGCAUAUGACCUACCUUCAUUUAAAGCUCGCUAUGAGGAGAUUUCACUUCGGCCCCGAGUGUGGGAUCAGUACGGAUUCCUUAUCACACACCCAAGUCAUCGAAGAGAGUCUGUGGCACAACAGAAGCAAAGUCACUUGGCUAUUCUCUCGGCAGGCACAGAUAUGCACCGAGCCCCUCGGCCUUUAUGUCAGGAUACAGGAGAUACUACUAUUUUCAGAGUGGUCUGAUGUAGUUGGUCCAGGAUAUGGGCAUAAACGAGAUUUUGUGGCACUAUGUAUGCAUGAUGUGGGCUAUCUUCGAGAGCUGAGCUAUUCAUGGAGGCGACAUAAGGCCAGAGAAAACCCAGAGAGCUCAACACAUCUCGACGUGAGAUGCCGUAUCUGUAACACGGUUUGUCACAUUGAGCUAUGCGAGAUUCACUCAAAGGGUGCUAUCAUUUUGACAAAAUGGUUCAACUUGGGUCCUGGCCAAGAUGAAGAAGACCUGCUAUGGAAGACUCACAGUUUGAUACUCCACCCAGUCGAUCCACAUUGCGGAUUUGAUCCAAAUUACUCUGUUUCUGAACAAUGUGCUAGACGGCACUUCGAGGAGGCAGUAUCCCAAUCAUUCGAGGAACUACGCGUUCGCAAUAUGUCCUAUCUCAAGGACAAGGAAUACACGAGAGUCAUGCGCUAUGUGCGGAACCGGAAGGCAUGGUACAGUCCAUUCAGAGAGCCUUCCACUAACAGAAUCGUUAAUUUCGGGCGAUCCUUGCAAGCCUUUUUGGGCAUUGUUUCAGAUUGA